GAUGAUAAAUUAAUGGUAAACGCUGGAAUCGAUCCGUUUUUACAACGGAAAAUGUAAUUUCACGGUCGAUGCUACCAUAUGUGUAAACGAAGCAAUUGCAUAUUUAAACGUUUCGUUUGUGAGCCUCGCAGACGCAAAAAGAGUUCAAGAUACUAACUCGCUGUACUGCUAAAUACUUUGUUGGAAUGAAAAUGAAGAUUCCAAACAGUGGCUCUGGAAAUGAGUACGGACAUGAAACAGACAUUAUCUCUUAUAUGGACAAUAGCUUUGAAUCUGAAAUCGAUGUGCAAAGAACAGAGGAUAGUGAUUUUUCUGAGUAUUUAUGGAUGGAAAAUGAAGAAGAAUUUGAUAAAGAGGUGAUACAGCAGUUAAUGGAGGAAGAAUUGACAGAGGAAUGUUUAAAGGCAAUGUGGGAAGACGAAAGGCAGCACGAAAGAAAUACAAAUUCUGUUGCUUGGUCUACUGCUACAAGCAUGCCGGAAAAUGGUGCUGAACUUUCUCAACAACUUAGUAACUUAAAAAUGCACAAUGACCUUGCUAAACAGAGUACAUUAAAUCCAAAUGCAGCUGAAUUUGUACCAGCAUUUAAGUCAGCGGUAACGUCUGUAAGUACACCGCCAGAAGUUACUGCCGAAUCAUCAUAGAAGCCAUACAUUCCUUUCUUUAAAGUUAAUAAAAAUGGGCUAUGUUGUAUGGCUAAUAUUUACCACCCUCGAUAACACAGUUGUAUUAACUGAAUCAUAUUAAGAGUUAAAUGACUGUGACUAAACGUACAAAGAUAUAACGAACGUCAAAGUGGAUAAUAUGUAAUGCUGUUAUAAGAUAUUCAAGAUUAAUGAAAUCAGUUGCAUAACCAUAAAUUGAAAAAAAAAAAUGCUAUUCAAAUUUUUAUAGGCAGAAGAUAUUGCAUAUUAUAAACAUUUAAUUUUACAUAUAUAUAUUUUUUGUCAAUAUAAUCGAUAAUGAUAUACACAUAAAUCACUUGUUACAGAAAUUUGCAAUCUAUAUUUCUUGUUUAAUCGGGGACAAUUAUUUUCAAAAUUAGAUGUUUUUUUGCUACUUUUAUCUCGUGUAAGUUGUUACAAAUUGAGGCAGCGUAUAAAUGAAAGUCGUGUACUGAUAGAGUUUGGAAUCUUUAGUUAAUUCUGAUACAUCACACUCACUUUUCCAUUAAUUGUGUUGUACAUAUGUACACCUGACGAUUAAUUAUUGCAUCCAAGAUGAGCAUAUCUUUUUUUUUAAUUCUUUCAGAAUGCUUCUUUUAUUAAGAUCUGAAAGGUUUUAUAAUGUAGUAUGCGUUUCUAGAUGAAACGCUUCUAUAAGAGUUCCUUUUAUAACACUUAUUUUAUACUGGUAUACAUCUUCUGUAGUGUUACUGACAAACUAAGAACAAUAUACUGAGGUCGUUUAGACUGAUGUAAAUGAAAUGUUGCAUUGAAAAAUGUACCGCGUCCAAUGCAUAUUUUGUUGCUAAAACAUACUUAAUAUAUUUCAAUCGUGUGGUAAAACUUUUAACAAUGAUUUUUUAUUAUCAGUUUACUCCGUUUAAAAUGGGAAAACCUAUGUCAUAAUUCUGGUCCUCUGUCAGCAUACAUCUGAAAGACUUAAAGAUCUCAAAUGAAAGUCUUACACAGGCUGUGAAGGACUGUUUCUAUGGCUCUCUUUAGUAACGUUCAGAGUAGUCAUAUUGCUUAUUUACUUUAAUUAAAUAAUAAAAUUUCUAUAAAACAGUACUUCAAAACUAAUUAGAAUAUGUACAUGAGAUGUAAUAUUUAAAUACUAUAAGUGGUGAAUAUAUCUCGAGUUUGACAAUUCAAAAUUGAAUAUAAAAAUAAUCUAAUCAUCUAAACAAUAUUUAAGAACGAAGUGGCAAUGGAAACCUGUGUAAUAUAAAAUUGUAGCCUAAUAACGAUUUAAACACAAUAUUCACCACUUGUAUUAUAUGUACUAUUUGGAAACACAUACUUAUGUACAAAUUUAAUUAACAUUUUUUGCAUUGUGAUAGACAUACAUACUGUCAGGAUUUUGUAAGAUUACAUGUGGUAAAUCUGUAUUAUUUUAGUCACAACAUACUUUAGUAUGAAUGCAGGAACUGUGAUUAUAAAGCAAAUUAAAUAGAUUUAUGAAAUAUAUUACUCACAGUUAGGGCACCUUAUUAAUUUCAUAACGCUUCGUGUUAUCUUGCUUUUGAAUUUCUUUUCAUAUAUCUCUUACCAUUUGUGAUUCCAUGCAACAAUGGAAAAAAGAAAAAGAAAAAGGAAAAAAAAAAAAAAAGAAUUGUAUAUGUAGCUUGUAACGAAAUAUGUUACAGAUAUUUAUAGAUUUAUUUAAGAACGAUUCAAAUUCAAUAGUGCAUCGGUUAUGUGAAACAACUAACAAUAAAUUUAAGCAAUUUUUCUCAAUUUUCAAAUUCAACUUAGUAUGGAGAGACUGUUUUCUAGAUUUAAAACUCUUGUUAAUCAGGAUCUGGUGUAAAUUUAAUUUGUUAUAUAAUAUUGAUAGAGUGACAUAAUAUACUAAUCGAAAACAGCUAUUUUAGUUUGUAUGCUUUUAUUCUUUGCAAUAAAAUCAUAAAAAAAAAAAAAGUCCAAAUACCGAGCAUAUACUAAUAGUUAUAUUAACAUGUAUCUUGUAGUCAUUGAAUCGGUGUCAAUUCAAAUGGCAUGCAAUAUUUAAAUCAUAUUAUUAAUAUUUUUAAAGCAUGUCAUGUAUUACAGCGAAAGCUGUUUUUAUAGUAGUAGAAGAAAAUAGUGAUUUGUUUAGUUACAAUGUAACUAGUACAUAAUGCUUUGUUGCAUAAUAUUUUUCAGUUCCCAUAUACUCGAAUUUUCUCAAACUUUUAAAUAUCUGAAAAAUAAGUAUCAAUUUUUUUUUUUUAUGAGUUAUUUUAAUG